GGUAGGAGCUGAUGGGUGGAACAAACCGGGCAUGAAAAGACUAACGUGACUAACGGAUCUGAGAAUUGUGGUUCCUUAGUGGGAUCUACAGGAAUGUAGGCACUGCUGGCAGUUCUCCUGCAGCUCUCCCAACCUUCUCUGCCUCAGACUGGAUCUGUUACUCACAAAGCAGAUCCCUGCUGCUUUGGGGGUAGGAAGAACAUGGCCUGCAUUUUGAAGCGGAAGGCUAUUAUUGUGAUAAGUUUUGCAGUGGCAUUUCUGUUCCUGAUUAUCGUCCGUCUUAGCAGUGAAGUCAGUUUCCCUCUUCUACUCAACUGCUUUGGACAAGCCAGUGUAAAAUGGAUGCCAUUUUCGUAUACACAGAGACGACCAUUAAGAACACACUAUGGAUAUAUUAAUGUGAGAACCCAAGAGCCACUGCAGUUGGACUGUGACCUCUGUGCCAUUAUUUCAAACUCGGGUCAGAUGGCAGAGCAGAGAGUUGGACUGGAGAUUGACCAGGCUUCCUGCAUACUGAGAAUGAACAAUGCUCCCACCAAGGGCUAUGAUGAAGACGUUGGGAAAAGGACAACAGUGAGAGUUGUCUCUCAUACCAGCGUCCCCCUUCUACUUAAGAAUUCUGAAUAUUUUUUCAAAGAAACCAACAGCACAAUCUAUGUCAUCUGGGGUCCUUUUAGAAACAUGAGGAAAGAUGGCAAUGGCAUUGUGUACAACAUGUUAAAGAAGACAGUGGACAACUACCCUGGGGCCAAAAUCUUUGUGACCACAGAAAAGCGCAUGGGUUACUGUGAUGAAGUAUUUAAAAAAGAAACAGGGAAAGAUAGAGUCCAGUCAGGAUCCUAUCUCAGCACUGGUUGGUUUACCUUAAUUCUGGCUAUGGAUGCUUGCUACAGAAUACAUGUCUAUGGGAUGAUAAAUGACACCUACUGCAAAUCAGAAGGCUUUCGGAAAGUUCCUUAUCACUACUAUGAACCAGGAAGAGACGAAUGUGAUGAAUAUUUUCUGCAUGAAAAUGCACCCUAUGGAGGCCAUAGAUUUAUCACAGAAAAGAAAGUGUUUGCUGAGUGGGCCAAAAAGCACACAAUAAUAUUCACACACCCUAACUGGACAUUGUCGUGAUGCUGGUUCCCCCAACCUUCCAUGUAGCAUAAUUCUUACACUUAAUACCAUGGUUUACAACAAUAUUUGCAACUGACUGGACAUUUUCAACGUAGGCAGAAGUACAACUGAUAAACAAUUUAAAGGGUAGUUCCACUAUGGAACAAGGAAAAAUCUACCGAUCUGUGGAAGACGUACAAGAUGAUUAUUCUAUCUAUUAGUGCUGGGAUAGAAUAAUGUACUUUACUUUUAACUGGAUCAUUAGUCCAAGAUGGCAGCAGUUUGGUUUUAAGAAGUUAAUGUUCUAAGAGGGGAACCACAAUCCUAUGAAGCUUCAACAUUCUGGGUUUUUUUAAUAAGUGAUAUAAAUACUUGAAUAUAAAUUCUAGGUUGCCAUUAUUAUUGAGGUAAACUUUUUGUUUGUUUUAUGAGUAGCCAGACAACUUGACAACCAGACAAGAGGUUUUGUUUUGUUUUGUUUUGAAUUAUAUGCAUGACGACAAUUCAUUGGAUAUGGCAAAAUUAGAGAUGGGUUAGACAAGAUUCCUGAACUCCAGUUAAUUUAUACACAUGAUCUUUUUGUAAGCCUGAAGCCCUGGGAUAAUCCAUGUGCUUUCAUAGUAGUUCACAAUAUAUUGACCACUCUGGUAUUUCUGGACAUUGCCUCACAUUCUGCUGGCAUUGAUUAAGAAUACCCAGAUACCUUUUGCUCUCAACUAUAUUCCCCUUUAAAGCAGUGCUUCUAUAACUUCUGUAUGAGAUAGUAAGGAAGAUCUGUCAGCUUGAGUGUGGCAAUAGAGUUCCAGACAGUUGUAUUUAUAAUAUGAUGAUCUUGAACAGUGAAUCCUUUUGUUCUUGAGCAGUUUGGCUCAACUCUUUGCCUCAAUUCCUCCAUGUUUAAAAAUGGGGAUACUACCUACCUCAUGAGGACAUUGUAAACAAAAGUGAAUGCACUUACAGUGCAUUUUUAAAAAAAUAAAUGAUGCUUUAUUUAUAUUUUUAUAGCUACCUGUGGGAACUCUGCACAUAUUUCUCAGGCCUGAGUAUUUGAGAAUCAUCAUACUCAAGGUAUGAGAUUCUUAUUCAGAAUCAGAAUCAGAAUCAGAAUCAAAUGUAUUACCGUCAAUGACCAGACAGGAGAUUCCUAUUAUGAAAUGUUGAAUCUAUUCACUCCUAUUCUACUGUCGUCCAAGUUCAUCAACUUCUGAAGAUUCUCCUCACAGUGUUACUCCUUUAAUGGGUGGAGCUCUGGAAUUUUUAGUACUUGCCUAUCUCUAAUUGAAGUACGGUACAACUGGGGAGUAAACAGAUAAUUAAGUCAACAAGACUGCCAGUUCUUGUUUCUAUUAUAAAUCUAUAUAAUGAUAUAAGAACAAGGGGAAAGUGACAGACACUGAAAUGAGGUUUGGAUAAUGAGUGUUCUAUUGAACAGUGUCACAUUAUGGAACUAUUUCAGCAAACACUAGAACUGUUCAUUAGAACUGGUUUUUUGUUUUUUGUUUU